UUAAAAUUUGAAAAAAUGGAAAAAGAAACAAAAUUAAAACUUUUAAAUAUUACCAGCGAACAUGUCGAUUUGCUAUUACACCAUUGGUCUCACAUGUUCGAUAAGGACUAUUGCCACAAGCUAAUGAGUAAAUUGGAGGAACGCGUUCAGUCCUUCUACGUCGACCUGCUGACUGAAUCAAAAGAGAAAGAACAGGCUAUCAAAGAUGGUAUCAGUGCACUGCAGGCUGAGGCCUCAGACUUGAUGCGACUGUUACACAAGAAUGUGGAUAUUGUUGAAAUGCCUAUGGGAAUGCCGCUAGUGGUUUGGGACCAAAAGUUGGACCACAGCAUUGAGCAUCUGCGUGAAGAGCUGCGUGUGCAUCGUGCUGAAAUCUGCGAGCUGCUUUUGCAACAAGAAAUGCUAUGCGAGGAGUUGGGUGAGCUGCCACUGCCAUUAUUGGCCGAUCCACUGCCCAAGCCGGAGGAAAGGGCUGCAUUUUGUAAGCACCUCGAUCAUCUGCGUGCUUUGCGGACACGCCGCAUGGAGGAGCUGUUCCAGCUGCGCAGUACGAUCAAGGAAGACAUGAAGCUGCUUGAGAUACGGGUGCACACAGCAGCCGAGGAGCAUUUGCUCAGCCAGGCAAACCAGAGCCUGACGCCAGAUGUCUUCGCGAAGCUGCGUUCCAUGCAAAAACUAUUUGCUGAGCAGAUGGCGGAGCUACGCGAAGCCAUUGACAAUACGCGUGAAAAGAUCCACGUGUUGUGGGAGCGUCUGCCGGAAUCGGACGAGUUUGCCACGCGCAGAGUGUGCGAGGCCAAAGAGUAUACGCAACGGACCUAUGAUGUGCUGCGUGAGGAGCUACAUCGCUGCCAGGAGCUACGCCGUAAGAACAUGAAAUGUUUAAUUGAUCAGUUGCGUGAGGAAAUCCAGAAGUGGUGGGAGCUGACUCUGAAAUCACAUCAGGAGCGAAAACGCUUUGCCAACUUUUACAACGAUUGUUACAACGAGGAUUUGUUGGAGCUGCAUGAGCUCGAGCUCGAUGAUCUGAAGAGCUUCUACAAUAGUAACAGAGAGAUUUUUGAGCUCUUUUCUAGUCGCGCCGAGAUUUGGGCACGUAUGGAGGCUCUGGAGGCCAAGACCAACGAUCCCAAUCGUUAUAACAAUCGCGGCGGGCAGCUGCUGAAGGAGGAGCGGGAGCGCAAGGCCAUAAGCAGCAAGCUGCCAAAAAUAGAACAGCAGAUUACCGAAUUGGUGAAAGCCUAUGAGUUGCGCACUCAGUCACCCUUUCUGGUUCAUGGUGAGGACAUAUUGGAGCGCAUGGCCAACGAUUGGGAGCGCCUUCGACAGGUGAAGGAGCAGCAGAGCUCUACCCGCAAAAACACAGUUACGACUUCAUCAAUCCACAGAAAAAUGCUCCCGCCAGCUGCACCAGGAUCGACGGUUUCCCGGACGCCGCUGAAGGAUAUGUCAGCAAUGUCUUCAUCGACAAUGUCGUUGCGCACAACUCCUUCCAAUUGGAAGCUGGCUUCCAUGAAAGGCCCGACGGCCAAGACCACUGGCAACCUGCACAAGCGGAAAAUAUCGAAUUCCGAUAAUUUCGAUAGGGAAGAGACGGCAAAUGCGAAGCGAAGUCUAAUUAGAACGUUGAAUUCUGUGAAGGCGUCACCGAAAUUGCGAAAACCCAUCCAACGCCUAGCGGUUGGUCAACAGACAGCAAGGUCACAAAAGAAGGUGCACAUUCUAGAGAACACAAUGCGUCGUAGCGCCGGCGUAGGCCGGCGCAGUCUGUCCAGCAAACAUCGGCGCCAUAAGUUGGUACCGCCGGUUAUCCAAGUGCAGGAGGCAAGCUCCAGCGAGGACGAAGAUGAGGUGCAGAAGUACAAACAUUUCGAGCCUCCGGCACGAUCAUCCGAGUUGCCCAAGGAGUUGAGCGUUCGUCACAAAAACAAAUUCAAGGAGCCUGUGCAGAUUUAUUCGAGCGACGAAAUAAACCCAGAUCUGCUCAAGAAAUGACAUUAUUUAAUAAUGGAUUUUUUUAUUUUUUAUUAUUAUUUUGAUCAACCAAUGCACCUUUGUCCCUUGCCAGUGCUAUUGUGUUAACGUUGAUGUGUCUUUGAUUUGCUUUAACUAUUAUUAAGUUAUAUGUAAGCAUCUAAUCUUAAAGUUAAUCUGUUCAAAAAUAAGAACCCCAAGCAAUCAGAUGCGCAAGCAAGGAAAACCUAAACGUGUACUUUCGAAAAGAACCAAUCCUUAAAAAUUAUACAUACAUUUAAACAUAUUAAUUAAUAAUACGACCUUAUACAUAGUCUUGUCGACUUAGUUUACAUUUGUGUCUAGAAUAUAAAAAGCACGACUUGUAGUAUUCAUGUACUUGUAAGAUAGCUCUUAACCAGACUAUUUUAGCCCUCAAAACAAAUCUCAACCGUCAAAAUAUGUAUUAAUUUGUAAUUCUUAUAAAACAAGAACAAAACAAACAUCAAAUUAUAUUAAUU